CGCAGUGUCUGUCCUUUCCCGAUAAGCCCGGUGUGAUUUCCUUUUCCUUUUCCUCUCUUUUUCCUUUUCCUUGCUGGAAUUUGGAAUGGAAGAAGAACAACAACCCCAAUUCCUUCCUACUUCUUCUCUAGCUACUACUAAUUCCCCCUACUCCUACUCCUACUUCCCUCUCACUCUCAUUAGCUUUACCCUACUUUUCUGUUUUUAAAUCCCCCUAUCCCCCCCCUAUACUUCCACUCCCUCAAAUUCCCUCUCAAUUCCCAUUUCCAUCAGAUUUUUCUUUUCCUGUUCCUUUCACUUCCCUCACUCACCAAACAACAAAAACCAACCCUAAUCCUCUCUCUUUCUUAAACCCCCCACUACUACUUUCAUACAUGUAAGUAAGUGCCAAUACCACUCUCUCCAAAUUUCAGCUCUUUUCAACAGCACUGAAUUCACCAUAUGCUAAUUCUUUUUUUCCCACUUUUCCUCUGCAUUACAGAGAAACAAAAAAAAAGCAAGAAAUUCCAACCAGGUUGUGAUUCAAAAGAGCAAGCUUUUUUGAGAGAGAAAGCACAGAUCUAAUAAAGGGUCCUCACUCCUCACUCCUCACUCCUCAGAGCUCAACACCUGUCAAGUUAGUGAUAAUCACUAAUCAGUUAUCAGACUUCUGUAAUCAAUGUUCAAAGCUGAAGAGGCUGAGAGAGUCUGAGACCAAUUCAGUCUUUGCUUUUGAAAGGCGGUCUAGUCUGGUCUUCUUCGUCUGUGUCUGCACCAACAAGAAAAAAAAAAAAAAAGAGCUUUAAAACGAGAGCUAGCACCAAGGCUUCACUGACUUGGACUGUGAUAUAUCAACAGCGUAAAAAAAGGCCUUUUUAUCACUACACAGCCAAAGUACUCUCUGAAUUAUCGUCAUCAAUAUGCAUAGGACACACCAACCCCACCUGCACUAAUCUCAUCACCACACUUCUUCUCUCUCUCUCUAAAAAUAAUUCACACACCCCCUCUCUCUCUCUCUCUCUCUCUCUCUCUCUAGAGGAUAAGAAUACAUAAAAGAGCUCAGAACCCAAAAGGGUCUCUCUCUUUCUCUCUCUCUCUCUCUCUUUGUCUGUGUGUGUGUGGGUAAUUAUAUGAGUUUCUGUUUGAGAAAGGCAUGAAAGUGGCAUGGAGGUGGAUGGGAUUCAGCAGGGACAACCUUGUAAGUUCCCAAGGGUCGGAAAUGGCAGAAACGACUCUACUAAGUUAGCUUCAAAAGGGGUUUCUGAGCACUACCCAGAUGAUGAAGAAGAUGGAGACCAGCUCAAAAGGCUUACCAGUGGCCCAGUUGGAAGUGAAACAGCCGUUGCCAAUGCUAAUACAAACCGCCUUCGCGGCUGGCACCACUCGUCUCGAAUCAUUAGGGUUUCCAGGGCCUCAGGUGGCAAAGAUCGCCACAGCAAAGUUUGGACCUCAAAGGGUUUAAGAGACCGCAGGGUUAGAUUGUCCGUGACCACUGCCAUUCAGUUCUACGACCUCCAAGAUCGACUUGGUUAUGAUCAGCCCAGCAAAGCAGUGGAGUGGCUGAUCAAAGCGGCUGCUGAAGCAAUCUCCGAGCUUCCUUCUUUGAAGAGUCCUUUUCCUGACACCCCAAAGCAAUUGAGCGACGAGAAGCGAGCGAGUGGGGGUACCGAACAAGCCUUUGAUUCAGCUGAUUUGGAGUUAGACGGUGACCCCAAUUUCCAGCAGAAUCAAAGCCAGCAUCUUUCUUUGUCCAAGUCCGGUUGCAGCAGUACUUCUGAGACCAGCAAAGGCUCCGGCUUGUCUCUCUCACGGUCUGAAAUCCGCGUCAAGGCGCGUGAGAGGGCGAGGGAGAGGAAGAAAGAGAAGGAAAACGAGUCCCGGAUUGCUCAGAAUGUGAACCACAUUCCACACAACAGCUCUUCUUUCACUGAGCUUCUAACUGGUGGAAUCAACAGCAAUGCUGCUAAUCACAGUCCUACUGGCUCGGCUCAUCAAAACCCCGGCGGCGGCGGCGAUCAGUCUAAUUUGUUUCACAAGCAGGCGAGGCAGUGGCCUUCCACUCCGAUGGACUACAUCGACGACUCCCGGCUUCUGGGGCUGUCUUCCUCGUCGCGAACCCAUCACUCAUCUGGGUUUCCAGGCCAAAUCCAUUUGGGAAAUUCGCUUUCACCAGCAAUGUCGGGGUUCAAUGUCUCUGGAGACAAUCAUCACCAUCUAGAGCUGCAUCAACACUUCCCUUACAAUGUUCCCGAACAUUUCAUCCCUGUGGGCGCUGCAACGUCGCAGCAGCCCGGUGGGAGUGACACAAACUUCAAUUUCACCAUAUCUCCCGGCCUCGCCGGAUAUAAUAGGGGGACCCUUCAGUCCAAUUCACCGUCUUUUAUGCCUCAUCACCUCCAGAGGUAUCCACCUAUAGACGGACAAAACCUGCCUUUCUUCAUGACUUCGGUGGCUGCACCUGCCGCAGCGGCUCCACCCAUGGAGAAUCAUCACCACCACCAUCAGUUCUCGUCUGGAAUCGACGGCCGCUUGCAACUCUGCUACAGCGAUGGAACCCGGCAUUCUGACCAUAAGGGAAAAGGGAAGAACUGACUUCUUGUAACAGCUACAUUGCUUUUUGGCCCAUCUUCUUCCGGUGGGAAACUUUAAUGCAGGAAAAUGGAGGAGAAGUUGUGGCAAGAUUGGGCAAAUGCAUUGCCUUCCCUGCACUGGUUGAGACAUUAUUUUUAUGAUUCUGAAAUUGCUAGUUUGUCUAUUUAAUCAAAUUUCAAGUCCAGUCACUUGGCUUAUUGCGUUCACAUAUUUGGAUAAAUUUAUCUAGUCCUGCGGAGCAUGUUGUGUUUUGAAGAAUUAUAACUUACAAUUCAAUUGAAGUUAUUUUUUUCCCCUUCUCUUCAA